AUGCCCAGUGUAUCUAGUGUGCUCAGUGUACCCAGUGCGUCGAGUGUACUCAGUGUGUCCUCUGUGCCCAGUGUGUCCAGUUUGACCAGUGUCCCCAGUGCGUCGAGUGUGCCCAGUGUGUCCAGUGUGUCCAGUGUGUCCAGUGUGCCCAGUGUGUCCAGUGUGCCCAGUGCGUCGAGUGUGCCCAGUGUGUCCAGUGUGUUCAGUGUGCCAAGUGUGUCCAGUGUGUCCAGUGUGCCCAGUGCGUCGAGUAUGCCCAGUGUGUCCAGUGCGUCGAGUGUACCCAGUGUGUCCAGUGUGCCCAGUGCGUCGAGUGUGCUCAGUGUGUCCACUGUGCCCAGUGUGUCAAGUUUGACCAGUGUGUCCAGUGUGUCCAGUGUGUGUAGUAUGCUCAGUGUGUCCACUAUGCCCAGGGUGUCUAGUAUGUUUAGUGUGUCCAGUUUGUCCAGUGUGUCCAGUGUGUCUAGUGUGCUUAGUGAGUCCACUGUGCCCAGUGUGUCCAGUGUGUCUAGUAUGCCCAGUGAGUCUAGUGAGUCUAGUGUGGCCAAUGUUCCCAGUGUUCCCAGUGUGUCUAGUGUGUCUAGUGUUCCCAGUGUUCCCAGUGUGUCCAGUAUGUCUAGUGUGGCUAGUGUGGCCAGUGUUCCCAGUGUGUCCAGUGUGUCUAGUGUGGCCAGUGUUCCCAGUGUACCCAGUAUGUCUAGUGUGCUUAGUGUGGCCAGUGUUCCCAGUGUGUCCAGUGUGUCCAGUGUGUGUAGUAUGCUCAGUGUGUCCACUAUGCCCAGUGUGUCUAGUGUGCCCAGUGUACCCAGUGCGUCGAGUGUACUAAGUGUGUCCUCUGUGCCCAGUGUGUCCAGUUUGACCAGUGUGCCCUGUGCGUCGAGUGUGCCCAGUGUGUCCAGUGUGUCCAGUGUGCCCAGUGCGUCGAGUAUGCCCAGUUAGUCCAGUGCGUCGAGUGUACCCAGUGUGUCCAGUGUGCCCAGUGCGUCGAGUGUGCUCAGUGUGUCCACUGUGCCCAGUGAAUCCACUGUGCCCAGUGUGUCCAGUUUGUCCACUGUGCCCAGUGUGUCCAGUUUGUCCAGUGUGCUCAGUGUGUCCACUGUGUCCACUUUGUCCAGUGUGUCUAGUGUGCUCAGUGAGUCCACUAUGCCCAAUGUGUCCAGUUUGUCCACUGUGCCCAGUGUGUCCAGUUUGUCCAGUGUGCUCAGUGUGUCCACUGUGUCCAGUGUGUCCAGUUUGUCCAGUUUGUCCAGUGUGUCUAGUGUGCUCAGUGAGUCCACUGUGCCUAGUGUGUCUAGUGUGGCCAAUGUUCCCAGUGUGUCUAGUGUGUCCAGUGUGUCUAGUGUGCUUAGUGAGUCCACUGUGCCCAGUCUGUCCAGCGUGUCUAGUAUGCCCAGUGAGUCUAGUGUGUCUAGUGUGGCCAAUGUUCCCAGUGUUCCCAGUGUGUCUAGUGUGUCUAGUGUGUCUAGUGUUCCCAGUGUUCCCAGUGUGUCCAGUAUGUCUAGUGCGGCUAGUGUGGCCAGUGUUCCCAGUGUGUCCAGUGUGUCUAGUGUGGCCAGUGUUCCCAGUGUUCCCAGUAUGUCUAGUGUGCCUAGUGUGGCCAGUGUUCCCAGUGUGUCCAGUGUGUCUAGUGUGCUUAGUGAGUCCACUGUGCCCAGUGUGUCCAGUUUGCCCAGUGUUUCUAGUGUGCGCAGUGUGGCAAGUGUUCCCAGUGUGUCCAGCGUCUCUAAUGUGUCCAGUGUGCCUGGUGUUCAGUGUGUCCAGGUUUCUCAGUGUGUCCGCUGCGUACACAGUAUGUUCAGUUUACCCAAUGUCCAGUGGGUUCAGUGA